CAAGCAUAUUUAUAUAAGAACCAAAGGUCUUCAAAGUUAGUAUCUACCGGUACAUUUCGUAAACAUGUUUAUUAAAGUACUUGUUGCCGUUUGUCUGUGCAUUGCCACAGUUACAUCAUCAAGAAAUUUCUUUCGGCGAGAUUAUACUUACUUUGAGGAAUAUAAUGCAUUCUAUAAAUUACACGAAGGUGAAAGAGAGAUAACUUGGCAGGAAGGUUUCUUAAAAUGCGAUUAUGAAGGCGCUCAGUUAUUUUACCCCGCCGAUGACAAUUAAUGGCGGGUUAUUGCUAACAUAACCGAUCAAAGCGGCAUUGAAUAUAUAUAUGUGGGCGUCCGAGAUGAAUUUGGUGUUGGUGACUUUAUAACAACCGAUGGACGUUUUAUUCCAGAACAAUAUGAAGGAACAAGCAGCAUCCAGCCAAACUUACAAUGCGGAUUGAUGUCUGUCAAAACAGGGGCCUACAUAAAGGGCACCUGUGAACAAAGCAGACCAUAUAUUUGCAAGAAAUUAAACAACGAAUAUUGCCCCACUGCUGACUCAGGUUACAUAUUUUCAAAGUCAUUAAAAAAAUGUUUUAAAUUUAAUGAUAAUGCGAACACUUGGGCAAACGCCAUGCACACUUGCAUUAUGGAAGGUGGGGUUUUGUCGGACUCCCUGGUAAAUAAUGAUAUAAGAAAUCUAUACUUGCCACCUAGUCAGGAAAAUAAUUGUUAUUACAUCGGCUUUCGAAGGAUCUUUGGGGAUCAUUUUUACUCGAGUCGAGGGCAAAAAAUUACAAUUACCUCACGAAAUGGUGAUUGCUCAUGUGUAUCCAAUAACAAUGAAAUAAUUGCAGUUGGCUGUGAAGAUGACAGAUUUUUUAUAUGUGAAAUGGACGUCAACAACAGAAUAUAAACAUCAUCAACCUGCCCUUGUCCCUGCAAAGGGUCGGCACAGUAUGUGCUGCUCUUCCAUACAUUUCUAUCAUAAAUAAAUAAUUUAGAUAAACAUUAUGUCUAUAACUAACUUAUUUCCUCUAAAGCCUCUUAUUGUAUAACCUGUGCUUUUUAAUACCUCACCAAAUAUAUAGGUUUUUUUAAAUACUAAAUUGUCAAAUGAAUUUUUAAACUAAUCAUGCUUAUUUAGACAAACUGUAAAA